AUGGAUGUAGAGUCUAACCCUGGUCUUGCUCAGUCUGAUAGUAUAAAUUACCGUUCAACCAAUAAUAUGAACACGGCUAAAAUCUCCUCAAACCAAAGUAACAUUAAGAUUGCUCAUCUAAACAUCUGUUCCCUAAAGAACAAAGAGCACUACCUACUGGCACAGGAUCUGGUCCUAAAACAGAAAUUUGACAUUUUCACCAUCUCAGAAACUUGGUUGGACACCUCUGUUACGGAUAUUGAAAUUGAAUUCCCAGGAUAUGCUCCGUUUCGACUUGAUCGCAAUGGUAAGAGAGCACGUGGUGUCUCUGCCUAUGUCAACCAAAGCUUCAAAUGUGAGCCAAUGAAAGAUCUGACCUACAUUUCGAAAUCUGGUUUACAUCAGUUAUGGCUAAAGAUAUGUUAUGAACUUCAGGUCAUUUUUCAUAUACACAGCUUACCAUCCACCUGACACUAGCUUAUCUUGUUUUGAAACUGAUUUCAGCGAAACAUUAACGUCAGCUUUGUCCUUUAACAAACCAAUCUACAUUCUGGGAGAUCUCAACUGAAAUGUACUUGAUGCGAAUGAUCCCUGCGGGACAAUGUGCUCUUUCAAAUUUUUGUGCUUGUUUUAACUUCACUCAGAUGGUUGAUAAUCUUACCAGAGUGACUGAACAUUCUCGCACAUUAAUUGACGUAAUUCUUACCUCUUCAGAAAAUAAUAUCAAGCAAACAAAAGUCAUCCCUAAUUCGAUAAGUGAUCAUGAUAUAGUUAUGUCAAUUCUGGCCUUGAAGAAAUGUCGUGCAAAGCCUGUUUAUGUCUCCGUCCGAAGUUUCAAACAUUACAACAAAGAUUCUUUUUGUGAGGACAUAUCUAACGCUUCCUGGUCCGUCAUUAACAACUUUGAGGAUGUCUAUGACUGUUUAAAUGCUUUUGACUUACUGUUUAAUGAAAUUCUGGAUCAACAUGCUCCAAAUAGAAAGGUUAAAAUAAGAACUCGUCCAAAUCCUUCGUGACAGAAGAGAUUCGAGGGCUAAUAAAAACUAGAGAUUCGAGGGCUAAUAAAAACUAGAGAUCAAUGGAGAAAACUAGCUCGGAAGACUGGUGAUCCUGCUGCAUGGUCUGCUUACAGGAACUGUAAACGGGAUGUUAAACGAGAGUUACGUAUGGCCCAAAGAUCUUUUGUCGAACAGGAAAUUAGGAAAAACACCAAGGACACUGGCAACAUGUGGAAAGUAAUUCGCACUUGUAUUCCAAAGAAAUUCACCGGGAAAAAAUGCUUCAGCAGCAACGAUAAAUCCAUGGCGAAUAACUUCAACCAGUCCCCCACAUCAGUCGGUUCAAAUACUGUCAUGAAAAUCAAAUCACUAGCUAAAGAAAACAAUUAUACUCCAUCUCAGGUACCAUUUGUCCCGCGAAGUUAUACCGAGUCAGAACAGUUCACCUUCGAACCCGUAGAAUGCUCCCUAGUAUAAUAUAUUGUGAAAUCAAAUGCCAGAUAACAAAGCUCCAGGAAUAGACAAAAUACCAAUCUGUGUCAUCAAGGACUGUUUACCCAUUAUUUCGCCAUGGAUAACCUCAAUCAUAAACAACUCUCUGGCGAACAAUAUAUUCCCGAAUGCUUGGAAAAUCGCGGAAGCAACUCCCAUUCCAAAAGAAGGCGAUCAUGAGCUGGCGAACAAUAACUGACCCAUUUCCUUAUUACCAGUUCUUUCAAAAGUAUGUGAGCGUGUAGCACUCCACCAACUGACGUCUUACCCAACCACCAAUCACCGUCUCUCUGUGCAUCAAAGUGGCAACAAAACCUGGCAUUCAACGGAAACCUCCCUUAUUCAUUCCACCGACUCCACUCCUAAAGCAAUUGACCAGAGGAAAGUAACAGCAGUUAUUCUUUUGGACAUGAGCAAAGCUUUUGACAAGGACCAACUACAAUAUACUGCUUGCUAAAUUGGAGGACGUUGGUGUCCCAUCCAGAUGCUGCCUGGGUUGGUUUAAAAGUUACCUCAGCGAGAGAUACCAAGCAGUACGUAUCAACUCUACUCUGAGAAAUUGCCAGUGGUUAGUGGUGUCCCACAGGGAAGUAUUCUGGGCCAGUUACUUUUCAGUAUUUAUGUGAAUGAUUUGCCGUCAGUCACCAAAAAUUGUUCAUCAGAAUCAUAUAUUGACGACACCAAACUCCCUCUGUCCUUCCGAAUCAAGGACUCGAACAUUGCGCUGACUGAUCUAAACGAGGAUUUGAUUAGAUUGCGAAACUGGUGCUUUGAUAACCUGCUCUUGCUGAAUCCAGACAAAACCAAAUUGAUGGUCUAUGGAAGCUGCCAAAUACUCACGAAGUUACCUGAUUUUAGACUCUCGCUACUUGGUAGGGAACUUACACCUGCUUCAUCAGUGAAAGAUCUCGGAGUUAAGUUUGAUCCAAUCCUCUCCUUCGACAAUCAUAUCCUCUCUACUGUUUCAUCCUGCAAGUCAAGUCUCUGCCAGAUAAAUCGUGCUAAGCAUGUCUUCCGUAAAAACAUUUUAAUAACUGUCAUCAAUGCCUUAGUAUUUAGCAAACUGCACUAUUGUUCCUUGCUUUGGUCAAAUACUUCCUGCAGCAACCUAUCCCGACUUCAAGGAGUGCAGAACUUCGCAGCAUGGGUAGUGAGCAACAGAAGGAAAUUUGACCACAUCACCCCGAUACUGAAGGAACUGCGCUGGUUUCCAGUGAAGUCACAUCUGUACAGUCGCGAUGCUCUACCAUGCCUACUUAUUGUCCCAGUUCAAAACGAGAGGUGA